AUGCGCCCCGGUACUUCUAUUUUUAAGCUGCAUGGCUUGAUGCCCCUGAAAAAGCGCGUCGGUGUGUUUCAGGACUAUUGUCGAAGAGAGUCAGGUGCUCUGUUUGCCACAGAUAUUGCUGCUCGUGGAUUAGAUUUUCCUGCCGUUGACUGGGUUGUACAAAUGGACUGCCCAUCAGAUGUUCAAGAGUAUAUACAUCGAUGCGGUCGAACGGCUCGGUACAAAAGUGGCGGACAUGCGCUAUUGGUUUUGACAUCUGCUCAAAAGGAAUCGAUGCUGAAGAAGUUGGAAGAAAUAAGGAUUCCCAUCUCUGAAAUUAGGGCUGACCCCUCCCGUCUGACCAGCGUCCACAAGAAGCUGGAAUUUUUGUGCGCAAAGUUCCCUGAGCUGAAAACGUUUGCACAGAGGGUGAGUUGCUCGAAUAUGAGUUAGAC